AUGGGGUUUUGUUUGUUAAGGGGGGGUUGGAGGGGUUGGGGGGGGUUGCGUGUGUGGAGGGUAUGGGGAAGGGAGUAUGUGAUGGGGGACGGACAGGAGGUUGUGGUGGAUAGGGGGGUAUACUCACAUGAUGAGGUGGAAUUGGUGGUGGGGGGUGAUGGGUGGUGGGGGGGGUGGUGGGGGGGGUGGUGGGGGGGUGUAUGGGGGAUGGGGGGGGGGGUGGGGGGUAUGGGGGUGUGGGGGGGGGGGGUGAUGGGGUUGUGGGUGGGGUGA